UGCAGUGGCCCGACACUUACCGUCGCUCCCAGCACAAUGGAACCGUUGACAAAUGUAUUUCCUUUGUUAAAGUACAUAUAAACAGCCAAUUUACUGAAAACAUAACACAAUAGUCUGCAUCUUGUUGGGCCGAAGACACAUCAUUUACUUUUAAAUUAAUUUUGGCGCUCUUGUGUCUAUGGCACGAGUUUUUUUUUAAUUGGAGCGCUUGUCAGUGGCUUGCGUCCUAAAUUAUUUAAGCCUAGUGACUCUAGAUAAAAGGGUCAAUUUGAAAAUAGGUUUGAGAUAAGUUUGUUUGUUUAUUUUUGCCCUAAUUUUGAAGUUAGUGUUAUAAAUUUUAAGUUAACUGUUGGGAGUUACAAGUGGGCUAGGACGUGUGUGGAAUAUUAUUUAUUUGAAGGUCACAAUGCUGCCCCUACUGAUGCUGACGCUCGUGGCGACCACGACAGCCAUAUCCGAAGACUGCGUCUACAGAUUCGACAACAAACUGUACACCAGAACAGCACUCCUCACUAUCAAGGGUCUACCGAGCAACCUGGCUCACAAUCCAGCCACCAAUGACCUUUUCUUCACUCUGAUAGACCUAGAUUCUUUAACAGACGACGAAGUCCAAACUAAAAUGGACCAAUACGUUCUGCACAAUAAUGUUCCGACGAAAAUCGAUGGUGUUCACGGUCAAGCCGUUGCUAUAGACAAGAGGAGGAAUAUAGUUUAUCUAGCUACUGACAAUGGUCUCCAUACGCUAAACGAAACUUACCAACCAACGUUUUUAAGUCUUAAAGACGAAGAUAUCAUCCAGCUAAACAAACACAUGAUCAAAGACGAAUUGUACGCGGUUCUGUAUCCGGACAACGAAGUCAUAGUCUUAGAUAUUAAGAGGAAUGAAAAAAGACCAGUGAAAAAUGUCCCCUGCACAUAUAUUAUGGCUGUAGAUAUGGAAGAUAAUGUUUACUACGAAUGCGAUUCGAAAUAUCUUAAAGUUUUGCUCAAAGGCUUUCAAGAGCCUAUAGAAUUCGCUGGAAUAGCUAAAGACACAGCCAGGGCUAUAACAGUCGAUAGACAGAACCGAGUAAUUUUGGCCACUAAUGAUGGUCUCUACCAGUUGAAGCCAGACCGAGUCAUUCCUAAGAAACUGAUGGAUCUGGAAUAUUGGCCGUCGGGCAUUGAGUUUGAUGGUGAUGAUAUGUAUGUUUCAACGACAGGGGUUAUUUACAAAUAUAGUAAUAAGGACUGUAAAACGAAUGGAUCUAAGUACUGAACUGAAUUAA